UAAAUUUCAAGAUAUUUCUUUUGAUAAGGCUUGUGAUACCGUUAAAUUUGAUUACAUUGAUUUGGUUUCUGUUACAUCCGGUUACGUCAGCCUUUUAUGGUUAUCCCGCCGAUUGUUUAUUCAAUUUGUUCAUCAUUCUACGUCGGACAAUACACACAAGAACAUGAGCAAGACGCCGAUAAUGAUUCUGCAAGAGGUAAUGACAAAGAGAAAUGUAUUACCGGUUUACGAUGUCAUCAGUGAAACUUCUGGAACACAUGUUAACUCGUUUACGAUAAGAGUAAAAUGCGAGCAAUUGUCUGCCGAAGGAACUGCCACGAAUAAAAAGGAAGCUAAGCAAAAAGCUGCCAAAGAAAUGUUGGAUUUACUAGACAAAGCUGGCAAGUUGGAUUCUUCUUUUCUUCCUUCAGUGAAGAGCGAUGCCGUUCACUCUGCAAACGUCACUUCUACAUCGUUCGUGUUGGAUGGUAACACUGUCAACCAUGUUGGUAAAUUACAAGAAUACUGCUCAGUACGAAAAAUGCCUAAUCCUGUCUAUGAUGUCAAGAACAUAAUAGGACAGUCUCAUGAUGCACAAUUUACCAUGUCUUGUAAGGUAUCAAAAGUUGAAGAAGAAGGUUCAGGCAGAACAAAGAAAAUUGCUAAACAUAAUGCAGCAAAGAAAGUAAUCGAAACCCUAGCUCGUACCGACAGCACAUUAAGAUUUGAUUCCCCUAAAAAGAGUGAAAAGGGGCUAAAGCGUGAUCUUGAAGAUAAUCAAGAAGCAUCGGCGAAGUUAAUGAAAACAACUUGAUUAAAAACAUGUCCGUGAAUGCAUUUACAAAAUGAACGAUACUUAUCAAUUUGUCCGUCAUAUUUCUGCACUUGUAAGAUGUUAGAAACAAAAUAUGUGAUGUUUUAAUCAGUUAGUUGAACACUAUAAUGAAAAGUUGUGAUUUAACAACACGAAAGUGUAUAAUAAUCCUUAAUCAAUUUAUUUAGACAUUAGUAGAUGUCCAGAUAUAUGUUACGAUGAAGUUCAAUUCUUUACAUUUAUCAUUAUUCUGUUUUAUACAAGAUAAAUAGAAGCAUAUUACACAUUGUUUAGAGAAUAUUAAUUAUUUUAACAUACAUGUGAGCAUAUCAUAGUAGGGAAACUGUUAGAAGGCGAAACAAGUACGAGUGAGACGUACUAAUUACAUGGUACUUUUUUCUCCGCAAUCGUUACUAAGUCGUGAGAAUGAAGCCUUACGGGAAAAUCUAUAAAAAGUGUCUCGUGCACGCUGCAAUAACACCAUGUAAGAGCAUAACAGUAAUUGAGCGUACGUUUCCCAAGUUUUGUGCGAAGAAAGGCUGCAGAGUUGCUCGCCAAGUAACGUCGUACGUACCCGUUGCGUGCACAUGUAAUUAUUAAUGCUAUAAUUAAUACAACCCACGCGUACUAUUAUUGUACGACCCACCUUCCUGUUCGAGCGGCGUCUAUUGUCUCAAGCCGAAAGUGCAUUAGAGCUGCAACAAACCGGAUUAUUACAAAUAAGGUAGAGUUUGACCACGUUAAACCAUUUUACGGUCUAUUACCAAGAAAGGCAGCUCGUAGAAAAUAAUCGUUUCCCUCGAAAUAAAUUUUACAGGUCGUCGCUGCGCUCCGCCGAGUUUCUAGAUUCGAUCGUCUUCCAUUGUUCGUUAUCGAGAUCGAGCGGUUUAUUCUAAUAAAAAAAGGACUUCGCUCCCA